AUGGGGUUGGGUUUGAGUGGAGCUGCCCAGUGGGGGUGUGGCUUGCGGCGGGCCACGCCCCCCCGCAGGCGGAGCCCCGCCUGCUUUGUACCCAUGGAUGCUGAGCUGAGGGGGUGUGGCCAGUGCGAGCUGUACCACUGGGUGGAUCUCCUGGAUCGUUUUGAUGGAAUCUUGGCGGAAGCGGGUCGACCGGUGGAAAACAUGUCCUGGAUGUUGGCCUGUGACCGCCCAGAACGAGAGCAGCUGAAAGCUCUUCUCCUGGCUCUCCUCAAUUUCACCGCUCUCCUCAUCGAGUACAGCUUCUCCCGUCACCUUUACAGCUCCAUCGAGCACCUGACAACACUGCUGGCCUCCUCGGACAUGCAAGUGGUGUUGGCGGUGCUCAACCUCCUCUACGUCUUCAGCAAACGUUCCAAUUAUAUCACCCGGUUGGGGUCCGACAAACGAAGCCCCCUCCUCUCCCGCCUUCAGCACCUGGCUGAGAGUUGGGGUGGAAAAGAGAAUGGAUUUGGGUUGGCUGAGUGCUGUCGGGACCUCCACAUGCUGAAGUACCCCCCCAGCGCCACCACUCUCCACUUCGAGUUCUACGCCGAGCCAGGCGUCGAGGUGAAGGUGGACAAGCGGGCCACCAGCACCACCCUACACUACAUUCACAUCGAGCAGCUGGACAAGAUUUCGGAGAGCCCCUCGGAGAUCAUGGAGUCCCUCACCAAGAUGUACAGCAUCCCCAAAGACAAGCAGAUGCUCCUUUUCACUCACAUCCGCCUGGCCCACGGCUUCUCCAACCACAAGAAACGACUACAAGCGGUGCAAGCCCGGCUCCACGCUAUCUCCAUUUUGGUGUAUUCCAACGCCUUGCAGGAGUCGGCCAACAGCAUUUUGUACAACGGCCUCAUUGAAGAAUUGGUGGACGUUCUCCAGAUCACCGACAAGCAAUUAAUGGACAUCAAGGCAGCUUCUUUGCGGACCCUCACCUCCAUUGUGCAUCUGGAGCGAACCCCAAAACUCAGCAGCAUCAUCGAUUGUACCGGCACCGCUUCUUAUCACGGUUUUCUUCCUGUGUUAGUCCGGAAUUGUAUCCAAGCCAUGAUCGACCCCUCCAUGGAGCCCUAUCCCCACCAGUUCGCCACCGCUCUCUUCUCCUUCCUCUACCACUUGGCCAGCUACGACGCUGGCGGCGAAGCUUUGGUUUCCUGUGGCAUGAUGGAAGCAUUGUUAAAGGUCAUCAAGUUCCUGGGGGAUGAGCAGGAUCAAAUCACCUUUGUCACCCGAGCCGUGCGGGUGGUGGAUCUCAUCACCAACCUUGACAUGGCCGCCUUCCAGUCACACAGCGGCCUCUCCAUCUUCAUCUACCGCCUCGAGCACGAGGUGGAUCUGUGCCGUCGUGAGUGUCCCUUUGUCAUCAAGCCCAAGGUGCAGCGUCCCCCCGCCGCCGCCCUCCCCGAGGGCGAGGAGAUGGAGACAGACAUGGAGGUGACGGAUGUGGCCAUGGAGAGCAGCCCCGGUCCUUCGAGCGAAACCCGACAGGAUCCGGCGCCGCCGGCAAACACUGCCACCGCCGUGCCCAGCACCAGCACCACCGCUGCCUCUUCCCCGCGCGGUGGAGUCCAGUGCAUCCCCCAACGCGCCGCCUUGCUCAAAUCCAUGCUGAAUUUCCUCAAAAAAGCCAUCCAAGAUCCCGCUUUCUCCGACGGCAUCCGCCACGUGAUGGACGGCUCGCUGCCCACCUCCCUGAAGCACAUCAUCAGCAACGCCGAAUAUUACGGCCCUUCGCUCUUCCUCCUGGCGACCGAGGUGGUGACGGUCUUCGUGUUCCAGGAGCCUUCGCUGCUCUCCUCCCUGCAGGACAACGGCCUCACCGAUGUCAUGCUCCACGCUCUCCUCAUCAAAGACGUACCAGCUACUCGAGAGGUUUUAGGUUCGUUACCCAACGUUUUCAGCGCUCUUUGUCUCAAUGCCCGGGGUCUGCAAUCCUUCGUUCAGUGCCAACCCUUCGAGCGCCUCUUCAAGGUGCUGCUCUCCCCCGAUUACCUGCCUGCCAUGCGACGACGACGCAGUUCCGACCCCCUCGGAGACACAGCCUCCAACCUGGGCAGCGCCGUGGACGAGCUGAUGCGGCACCAACCCACCCUAAAGACUGAUGCCACCACUGCCAUCAUCAAGCUUUUAGAGGAGAUUUGCAGUUUGGGCCGGGAUCCCAAAUACAUUUGUCAGAAACCCUCGAUGCAAAAAGCAGAUGGGACAGCGGCGGCCCCCCCUCCUCGCUCCCCCCACGCUGCCGAAGAAGCUUCGAGUGAGGAUGAGGAGGAGGAAGAAGUUCAGGCCAUGCAGAGUUUCAGCGCUACCCAACAGAGUGAGACCGAACCCAGUCAGCAGGUGGUGGGCACGGAGGAGCGCAUCCCCAUCCCCCUGAUGGAUUAUAUUCUCAAUGUGAUGAAAUUCGUGGAGUCGAUCCUCAGCAACAACACAACGGACGAUCACUGCCAAGAAUUCGUGGCCCAACGGGGGUUGCGUCCCCUUGUCACAAUUCUGGGGCUCCCCAAUCUUCCUGUUGACUUCCCCACCUCUGCCGCUUGUCAGGCCGUAGCCGGAGUCUGCAAAUCUAUCCUGACGCUGUCUCACGAGCCAAAGGUGCUGCAGGAGGGUUUGCUGCAGCUGGAAGCGGUGCUGUCAGCACUGGAACCCCUCCACCGUCCCAUCGAGGCGCCGGGGGGGUCGGUGCUCUUGCGGGAGCUGGCGGGGGCCGGCAGCGUCCCCGAUGCCACCCUCUCAGCGCAAGCCACCCCCCUCCUUCACGCCCUCACCGCCGCUCACGCUUACAUCAUGAUGUUCGUCCACACGUGUCGCGUGGGGCAGAGUGAAAUCCGAGCAAUUUCGGUGAACCAGUGGGGAUCCCAGUUGGGAUUGAGCGUUUUGGGGAAACUGAGUCAGCUCUACUGCUCCUUGGUGUGGGAGAGCACCGUGCUGCUGUCGCUUUGUACCCCUAAUAGAGCGCACACAGUCGACAUGAGGAUCCUUUACACGCCGGGGAGGGAUAUGGGGCAUGCAGCAUUCACGUGCAUCAAGCAGCUGUGGAACCGGCGGCCGCUGAAGGUGUAUGGAGGUCGAAUGGCGGAAUCCAUGUUGGCUAUCCUCUGUCACAUCCUACGGGGAGAACCGCUCAUCCGGGAGCGCCUGGGUCGGGAACGGGAGGGCUCCCGGGGCGAGGAGGAAACAGGGGGCGAGGAAGGGGGACCCCGAAGAGAACCGCAGGUUAACCAGCAGCAGCUGCAGCAGCUGAUGGACAUGGGUUUCUCCCGGGAGCACGCCAUGGAGGCUCUGCUCAACACCAACACCAUGGAGCAAGCAACCGAAUACCUCCUCACCCACCCUCCCCCCCUCAUGGGGGGUGUGGUACGGGACCUGAGCAUGUCAGAGGAAGACCAGAUGAUGCGGGCCAUUGCUAUGUCCUUGGGUCAGGACAUCCCCAUGGACCAGCGGGCAGAGUCCCCCGAGGAGGCGGCCUGCCGCAAAGAAGAAGAAGAACGCCGUGCCCGCGAACGCCAAGAAGAAGAAGAAGCUAAAUGCCUGGAGAAAUUCGAAGGGGCCGAACCUUUGGAAGCGGCCGAGCUUUUGGCCUUCACUGACUCCAUGCUUCCCGGUUGUUCCCAACUCCUGGAUGAACUCCCCGACACAGUCUACCGCGUGUGCGACCUCAUCAUGACGGCCGUCAAACGCAACGGGGCUGCUUAUCGCGACUCUGUCCUCAAACAAGUGGUCAAACAGGUUUGGGAAGCGGCUGAUGUCCUCAUCAAGGCGGCAUUGCCCCUCACCACUAGCGAUACCAAAACGGUGUCAGAAUGGAUCAGUCAAAUGGCAACUUUACCUCAAGCUUCUAACUUGGCCACUCGGAUCCUUCUCCUCACCCUCCUCUUCGAGGAGCUGAAGCUGCCCUGCGCUCGGGUGGUGGAAUCAAGCUGCGUGUUGGAUGUCCUCAUCAAGCUGCUGGAGGUGGUGCAGCCCUGCCUGCAAGCCGCCAAGGAGCACAAGGAGGUGCAGACCCCCAAGUGGAUCACCCCAGUCCUGCUCCUCAUUGAUUUCUACGAGAAGACAGCUGUCUCUUCCAAGCGUAGGGCUCAGAUGAACAAGUAUCUCCAGGCAACUGGGAACAACUGGCGCUGGUUCGACGACCGCUCGGGUCGCUGGUGCAGCUACAGUGCCAGCAACAACAGCACCAUCGAUGCCGCGUGGCGUGCUGGCGAGACUAGUGUCCGCUUCACCGCUGGCCGCCGCCGCUAUACUGUCCAGUUCACCACCAUGGUGCAGGUGAACGAGGAGACGGGAAACAGGCGACCGGUGAUGUUGACACUGCUGCGAGCCCCCAGAUCCGGCAAGGGAGGGAAGGACGGUGCCGAAGGCGAGCGAGCGAGCGAGGAAGGACGGGAUCCGGAGGGAAGGGGCAAGGAGGAGCCCCCCGCCCCAGAGCCAACGUCGGAGGAGGAAGCCUCGGCAGCCCCAUCCUCAUCCUCCCCUUCCCCGUCCUCCACCUCCCCCUCCCCUGAGGAUCCCUCGGGAUGGUCGGAAGCUCCGGUGCGAGGUCUGGCAGAAGAAGCGGUACCGGCGGUUCUCCGAGCGUGCGUCAGUAUGUUGGGGGUACCAGUAGACCCCGAUACUCUUCAUGCCACUCUCCGUCUCUGCCUUCGUCUCACCCGACACCACAAGCACGCCCUCCUCUUCGCCGAGCUCCGCAGCACCCGCACCAUCCUGGGGCUCACCCAGAGCUCCGGCUUCACCGGCUUCACCCCUCUUGUCACCCUCCUUUUCCGGCACAUUAUCGAGGAUCCCUGCACCCUACGGCACACCAUGGAGAAGGUGGUGCGGUCGGCGGCCACCAGCGGAGCAGGCAGCACCACCUCGGGCGUGGUUUCAGGGAGCCUGGGCUCCCGAGAAGUCAACUACAUCCUUCGGGUGUUGGGUCCCGCUGCCUGCCGCAGCCCCAACGUCUUCACCGAGGUGGCCACUGGUUGUAUCCGUAUCGCCCUGCCGGCUCCCCGCGGAUCCGGCACCGCCUCAGACGAUGAAUUUGAGAACCUGCGGAUCAAGGGUCCCAAUGCAGUGCAGCUGGUGAAGACGACGCCGGUGAAGCCGGCAGCGCUGCCAGCGAUCCCUGACCCCAUCAAGGACGUCAUUUACGACAUGCUCAAUGCCCUGGCUGCCUAUCACGCGCCUGAAGAGGGUGAUAAGGGGGACCCCAAAAGCGCGGCCCCCAGUGAGGUCAGCCAGCUCCUCUCCGACAUCGGGGAUGACAUGUACCAGCAGUACCGCAGCCUGACGCGCCAGCCCGGUGACUUCGACCCCCCCGCUGGCUUCGCCAUCAAUGCCCAGGUCUUUGCUGCUGAUGGAGCUGCUGCAGAGACGCCGCCGUCAGGAACCCCCCAGGGAGAAGCAGCUAGCCCCGAGGAGGGCCGGGAGGGGCGGAAGGAGAAGGACGGGGAGCGCGGGGAAGAGCGGCAGCGAGCCAAGGGUUCCAAACCCCUCAUGCCCACCUCCACCAUCCUGCGGCUACUGGCUGAACUGGUGCGCUCCUACGUGGGCAUCGCCACCCUCAUCGCCAACUAUAGCUACACCGUGGGACAGUCCGAGCUCAUCAAAGAGGACUGUAGCGUGCUGGCCUUUGUCCUGGACCACCUCCUGCCCCACACGCAGAACGCCGAGGACAAGGACACGCCGGCGCUGGCCCGGCUCUUCCUGGCCAGUCUGGCAGCGGCAGGCAGCGGCACCGACGCCCAGGUGGCUUUGGUCAACGAGGUGAAGGCAGCCCUGGGACGGGCGCUGGCCAUGGCCGAGAGCACUGAGAAGCACGCCAGGCUCCAAGCCGUCAUGUGCAUCAUCAGUACCAUCAUGGAGUCCUGCCCCUCCACCUCCAGCUUCUACAGCAGCGCCACCAAGACCCAACACAACGGCAUGAACAACAUCAUCCGCCUCUUCCUCAAGAAGGGCUUGGUCAACGACUUGGCGAGAGUCCCUCACAGCCUUGAUCUCUCCAGCCCCAACAUGGCGAACACGGUGAACGCGGCGCUGAAGCCGCUGGAGACGCUGUCCCGCAUCGUCAACCAGCCCAGCGGCCUUUUCGGCACCAAGGGCUCCUCCAGCAAGAGCAAGGGCGAGGGGGCUGGGGGGGCACGGGAAGCCGGAGCUGCACCCCCCGAUGGAGAUUCCAUGAACAUCCUGGAUCCCGAAGACGAGGAAGAGCACACGCAGGAGGAAGACAGCAGUGGCAGCAAUGAGGAUGAGGAUGACAGCCAGGAUGAGGAGGAGGAGGAAGAAGAGGAAGAUGAAGAUGAUCAGGAUGAUGAGGAAGGGGAGGAAGGGGAGGAAGAGGAGGAUGACGAUGAUGGCUCUGAGAUGGAGCUGGAUGAAGAUUACCCCGACAUGAACGCCUCCCCCCUCGUCCGCUUCGAGCGCUUCGACCGCGACGAUGACCUCAUCAUCGAGUUCGACAACAUGUUCUCCAGCCCCACCGAUAUCCCCCCAUCCCCUGGGAACAUCCCAGCCAGUCACCCCCUCCUGGUCCGUCAUGCCGACCACGGUUCCCUGGGAUUGGGAACCGGAGCCGCCACCACCCGCCUGGCUCAGGGUUUGGGGCGCAGCCAACGUACCCUCCGGCAACUCACCGCCAACGCAGGUCACACCAUCCACGUCCACUAUCCCGGUGCUCGCCAGCCCAAUCCCCCCCUCAUCCUUCAGAGGGGCAUGGCCACAUCUCCCGGGGGAGGAGCCCGGCUGGGAUGGGUGUGCUUAUGGCAGGGGCGGGGCCUGAUGCUCAUCAAGGGCUGUGCGGCGGCUUUUAACCCCAUCGUGCCCGAACUCUGGGGGAGGCGUGGCCUCCACGGGAGGGGCGUGGCCCCCGGAAAGGGCAUGUCUAACGGCGGGGCGGGGCAGGUGCUGGCGCAGCAGCGAGCGGAGCAGCAGCGUCGGGAGCUGGCGCAGGCAACGAGUUCGGAUGCCCCCAUGGACCCGGUGACCUUUAUCCAAACGCUGCCCUCGGAACUGCGGCGUUCUGUGCUGGAGGACAUGGAGGACAGCGUCCUGGCCGUCAUGCCUCCCGACAUCGCCGCCGAGGCCCAGGCUCUCCGACGGGAACAGGAGGCCCGGCAACGGCAACUCAUGCACGAGAGGCUUUUCGGCCACUCCAGCACCUCCGCGCUCUCCGCCAUUCUCCGCAGCCCUGCCAAGAGCGCCAAGUCCCCGGGGCCGAAGGGACCCGAGGGGGGGGGCGGCAGUGGCAGUGCCGACCCCCGGAUGGCGGCGACGGGCUUGACUGAGAGCCAGCUCCAACUCUCCGUUGAGGUGCUGACGUCACACUCGUGCUCGGAAGAAGGGUUGGAGGACGCGGCCAACGUCCUCCUGCAGCUUUCGCGGGGGGACGCCGCCACCCGCGACACCGUCCUGCGCCUUUUGCUCAGCGGCGCCCGGCAGUUGGGGGCCACCCUCUGUCGACAGAUUGGGACCUUGCUGGCGGAAUUACGGGAAUACAACUUGGAACAGCAACGACGGGCGCAGAGCGAGGCUCCUUCUCCCGAGGGGCUCCCUGAGGAGCAGCCCCCCAGCGCCAAGCUCAAGGGGAAGAUGCAGAGUCGGUUUGACACGGCGGAGAGCGUGGUGAUCGUGGCCUCACAGAAGCGGGCGCUGGGCGGGCGGGAGCUGCAGCUCCCCUCCAUGUCAGUCCUCACCUCCAAGACCUCGACGCAGCGCUUCUUCCUCCGCGUCCUGCAGGUCAUCAUCCAGCUCCGUGAUGACACCCGCCGCGCGCACAAGAAAGCUAAACAGGCCGGCCGCCUGGGUGCCGGGGGCCUCGGGGCGGCUGGCAGCAUCCAGGCAGCCGUCCGGCAGCUGGAGGCCGAGGCCGACGCCAUCAUACAAAUGGUACGUGAGGGCCAGAGGGCCCGGAGGCGGCAGCAGGCAGACACGGUUAGCACGGCCACCCACCGGACGGUGCUGAACCAAAUCCUGCGUCAAUCCACCACCCACUUGGCCGACGGUCCUUUUGCCGUCCUGGUUGACUACAUCCGCGUCCUCGACUUCGACGUCAAGCGCAAGUAUUUCCGACAGGAACUAGAGCGGCUGGAUGAGGGGUUGCGGAAGGAGGACAUGGCCGUCCACGUCCGUCGCGACCAUGUCUUUGAGGAUUCCUACCGCGAGCUGCACCGCAAAUCCCCUGAGGAGAUGAAGAACCGCCUGUACAUUGUGUUCGAGGGCGAGGAGGGCCAGGACGCGGGGGGUCUCCUGCGGGAGUGGUACAUGAUCAUCUCGCGGGAGAUGUUCAACCCCAUGUACGCCCUGUUCCGUACCUCGCCGGGUGACAGGGUCACCUACACCAUCAACCCCUCCUCCCACUGCAACCCCAACCACCUCAGCUAUUUUAAGUUCGUGGGUCGCAUCGUGGCCAAGGCCGUCUACGACAACCGUCUCCUCGAGUGUUAUUUCACCCGUUCCUUCUAUAAGCACAUCCUGGGCAAGUCUGUCCGGUACACGGACAUGGAGAGCGAGGACUACCACUUCUACCAGGGCCUGGUGUACCUGCUGGAGAACGACGUCUCCACCCUGGGCUACGACCUCACCUUCAGCACCGAGGUGCAGGAGUUUGGGGUGUGCGAGGUGCGGGACCUGAAGCCCAAUGGAGCCAACGUGCUGGUGACGGAGGAGAACAAGAAGGAGUACGUCCACCUCGUCUGCCAGAUGCGCAUGACCGGAGCCAUCCGGAAGCAACUAGCCGCCUUUUUGGAGGGUUUCUACGAGAUCAUCCCCAAACGCCUCAUCUCCAUUUUUACGGAGCAAGAGCUGGAGCUUCUCAUCUCGGGGCUGCCCACCAUCGACAUCGACGACCUCAAGGCCAACACCGAGUACCACAAAUACCAGGGCAACUCCAUCCAGAUCCAGUGGUUCUGGCGAGCGUUGAGAUCUUUCGACCAAGCGGACCGAGCCAAAUUCCUACAGUUUGUGACGGGAACCUCCAAGGUGCCGCUGCAGGGUUUCGCCGCCCUGGAAGGAAUGAACGGCAUUCAGAAAUUCCAGAUUCACCGCGACGACCGGUCUACCGAUCGACUGCCCUCCGCUCACACCUGGUAUGGGGCUCUAAGCGAGCUUUACGGGGUCCCCCCCUGCGCCGACCCCCGGCAAUUCCUGUCCCACCUGGCCCGGCGACAGGGCCGGCUCCGUCCCGGGGGGCUGCCAGACCCCCACGCCGCCGCCGUGGCCCUGCUGCGUGACUGGACCAGCGGGAAGAUCUCCUACUACACCCACCCCCCUGAAACGCAGGGGGUGCAGCUGGAGGCCCAAAUCCUGACAACUCUGGGACCGGCGCUUGACCUGGAGGCACUGGAGAGGGGCGAUGCCGAGGCGCUGGCAGCUGUACCAGUGACGGUGACAGGCAUUGGGCUGUCCCCGUGUGUCCCCGAGGCGGAGGAAGAGGAGGAGAAAGCCGGCGGGGAGGAAGAAGUAGCCAUGGAGGAUGAUGAUGGCGACCUGGAGCUCGGCACAGUGACGGUGGAGCUGAAGCCCCGGGUGAAGACGGCAGGCAGCGGGGAAGGGUCUGCACCCCGUGCCCCCCGUUUGGAGGAGGUGGCCGCCCUCCACCCCCUGUUACAGGGCCAGGGGCUGCGGGCUGCCAGCAAACGGAGGAAAAAGCUACAAAAAAGAGCAGAGAAAAUCGCCACAAAGCUUUCGGAGACACUGGAGGCGGCCAUGCAGUUCUGA